GCAGGGUGCGGAGGGCAUUGAGAUGGCGCGUACGAAGCAGACGGCGCGUAAGUCGACGGGCGGCAAGGCGCCCCGCAAGCAGCUGGCCACCAAGGCGGCCCGCAAGAGCGCGCCGGCCACGGGCGGCGUCAAGAAGCCGCACCGCUACCGGCCCGGCACGGUGGCGCUGCGCGAGAUCCGGCGCUACCAGAAGUCCACGGAGCUGCUGAUCCGCAAGCUGCCCUUCCAGCGCCUGGUGCGCGAGAUCGCGCAGGACUUCAAGACCGACCUGCGCUUCCAGAGCUCGGCCGUGAUGGCGCUGCAGGAGGCCAGCGAGGCCUACCUGGUGGGGCUCUUCGAGGACACCAACCUGUGCGCCAUCCACGCCAAGCGCGUCACCAUCAUGCCCAAGGACAUCCAGCUGGCCCGCCGCAUCCGCGGCGAGCGCGCUUAAGUCUUCCAGCUUUCAGCUUCAAAACCGAAAGGCUCUUUUAAGAGCCACUACAAGGCCACCGGAGAGAGCUGUUGUCUCUUGUUACGGAGCAGGCACAGGCAGUCCGCACCAAGCACUUGUCCGUGCUUAAAGCAGUACUAGUUCUGGGGUAGCAGGGGGGAUUGCAGGCCUUCCGUAGUGUCCAGCCCCUUGCGCUCCGUAUGCGUUGGUGCUUCGAAGGCUCGCUGUACAGAGCCGCCGGCGCUGGGAGGGUGUCAGGGGCUGUGGUGAGGCGAGAGCGGUGCUUAGAGAACAGGCAGCCUCACAAGCAGGACGGGGGAGGAGGGGAAGGCUUUGGGCACAGGGCUCGCAGCCCCUUUGCCGUGCAGUGCCUAGGGCGCUAACGGGUGCUUUCCGCUGUUUCUUCUUCCCGCUCUGUCCCGCCCACCGAAAGGAGAGGGGAGAGCCGCCGCCAUUUCAGGAGCUUCCUUCCCCUUCCAGGCUGUGGCGGUGAAAUUGGUGCCGCGAGAGCGGCUGCGGCAAUCGCGGUUGCCCCGGACCUCCAAACCCUUUCUUUUUCUCUCCCCUGUCUGUCUGUCCCUUCCAGCGCCCUUUCGAAAGAGGGUCUGGGGGUUGAGCGGGUGGGGCUCCGUGUGGAGGAGAAUGGGGGAAUAAAGGACGUGACUUUCCGAACACGUUUCCCUCUAAC